AUGUCUCACUACGACAACAAGAACCACUUUACGGGCGACCCCCUCUACGACCACGAGAAAGAUCAGUAUGCCCAGGACGUCACCGUCGAGGUCAUCGAGCCCAAGGCCGAGGAGACCCACCGUAGUCUCAAGCCCCGCCAGAUUUCCAUGAUUGCCAUCGGUGGUGCGAUUGGCACAGGUCUCGUGAUAGGCAGUGGAACCUCGAUUGCGCGCUCCGGCCCCGCAUCGGUGUUUUUGGCCUACAUCGUUAUGGGUGCUGUGGCACGAUACGGUGUGGGCCGUGGACAAGGGGACAGUGGAGAACGGCCAGACCUCAAAUCGAAUCGAAUCGAAUGUGGCGCUGACGGAAUCUCCAGCUGCUUCGGCGUCAUGACUUCGCUGGGUGAAAUGUCGACCAAGUUCCCUUCCAAGAAGGGUUUCGCCGGCCACGCCACUCGCUGCGUUGACCCAGCUUAUGGAUUCUGCACGGCUCUCGUCUACCUCUGCAAGUACCUCUUCCUGUCGCCCAACCAGAUUGUCGCCGGCUCCCUCGUCAUCCGUUACUGGAACGCGGAAAUUAACGGUGCCGCAUGGGUCACUAUCCUCAUUUGCUUCGUCGUCGCCAUCAACUGCCUCGGUAUCAAGUGGUUCGGAGAGGUCGAAUUCUGGCUCUCGCUGAUCAAGAUCAUUACCCUUACCGGCCUGAUCAUCCUCGGUCUCAUCAUCGACCUCGGAGGUGUCUCCACUCAACCCCGCCUCGGCUUCCACUACUGGAAGGAUGGCAAGGCCUUCAAGCCAUACAAGAAGACCGGGGCCAUGGGCGAGUUCCUGGGCUUUGUGAACGCACUGGUGCUCGCGCUCUUCGCGUACAUGGGCACGGAGCUCAUCGGUGUGACUGUCGGUGAGGCCAAGAACCCCCGCAAGACGGUCCCGUCCGCCAUCAAGAAGACCUUCUACCGUAUCCUGUUCUUCUACAUCUUCUGUAUCCUCAUCGUCGGCAUGAUUGUCGACUCGUCGGGCCCGGCGCUCCAGGCCGCCGUCAAGAAGGGUACCGGUGGCGGAGCUGCCGCCUCGCCGUGGGUCGUGGCCAUUGUCGAGGCCAAGAUCAAGGUGCUGCCCUCGAUCAUCAACGCGUGCAUCCUCAUCUUCACCAUCUCGGCCGCCAACUCGGACCAGUACAUUGCCUCGCGCACGCUGUACGGCAUGGCGCGCGACGGCAACGCGCCCGCCAUCUUUACGCGCUGCACCAAGCGCGGUGUCCCAUGGGUGGCCUUCAUCUUCACCGGCUGCUUCAUGUGUCUCGCCUACCUCGUCGCGUCCAACGACGGCCUGACCAUCUUCAACUACUUUACCGCCUCGGUCACCAUCUGCGGCGCGCUGUCGUGGAUCUCGAUUCUCGCAUCGCACAUUGCCAUGAUGCGCGGCAUGAAGGCACAGGGUAUCUCGCGCGACACGCUGCCUUACAAGGCGCCCUUCCAGCCCUACUACGCCAUUUGCUGCCUCGUCCUCACCGUCCUCAUCGCCAUCUUCAAGGGCUUUGACGCCUUCUUCCACCCCUUCGACUACAAGUCGUUCAUCACCCACUACAUCACCGUCCCCGUCUACAUCAUCGGAUACUUUGGGUACAAGUUUGUCCGCAAGACGAGCUACGUCCGCGUCGACGAGAUGGACCUCUCGAGCGGUGGCCGCGAGUUCUGGGACUGCGAGGAUGACGAGGAGGAGGAGGCCGCGUACAAGGCCAUGUCGUUCAAGCAGAAGCUCAUUUGGAACCUCAAGAACUGGUAG